UAAUACCCCACUACUCUUUUCACAUCCACAGAGCAAGCAAGAAUUGGAUUUUCAAGGUUGUCAUGUCUUCGUAUCUAAUUAAAUACUAUUAUUUAACAAUGACAUGGGGUCCCUUUUGCUUUUUUUGGGGCAAGCUGACUUCCACACCAAGGUGCCGUGUGUAGACUAUAGACUGCAGACUUUCACUAGUUUCUUGAGGCCUUUUGAUCUAAAUAAUUAGUUUAUUAAGGUCUUUUGGGGACAUUGACUGAAGGGUCUCUUCUCAAAUUACUCGUUUGGGAACUGAGGUUAAGCAAUCCCGUUUAGGAAGAUUUGAAGGUGAGGUUUGCCUGCUUCUCCAGGAUUUUGCACCUUUAUCUUGCUGCCAAUUUGGAUGGUCCUGCUGUUUUGCUACAGGUUGCUGCAUCUUAUCAAGGCUUUCUUUCUUUUGCUCCUGAAUUCGUGACAACCAGAUUUAUCCACGCGCAUUCGUUGUGGGCAAUGAAGUGCUUUUCAUUCUACAGUGGAGACAAGACGGAUGAACCAAAAACUCCAAAGUCAGUCUCUGUUCAAUCUGUGAAUUUUCCAGGUGCUGAUCGUGAAAUAGGAAGAUCUGGUUCUGAAUUGAAUUCUCAAAAUGUCCCUGGUACCAGCACAGAGUCCAUGGUUAGGCCCUCACUUCCUAGCAUGUCUCAAAGGCCCAGCAAUCUCAGAGUGUUCACAGUUUCUGAGCUUAAGUCAGCUACCAAGAAUUUUAGCCGUUCUGUCAUGAUUGGAGAAGGUGGAUUCGGUUGUGUUUAUAAAGGAUCUAUUAAGAGCACCGAGGAUCCAACUACAAAGCUUGAAAUUGCUGUGAAACAGCUGGGUAAAAGAGGGAUGCAGGGGCACAAAGAAUGGAUCACCGAAGUAAAUGUUCUUGGAGUAGUCGAGCAUCCAAACCUUGUCAAAUUAGUUGGUUACUGUGCGGAUGAAGAUGAAAGAGGAAUGCAGCGGCUUCUAAUAUAUGAAUUUAUGCCUAAGGGAAGUGUUGAGGACCAUUUAUCCAUCCGAUCAGAUAAACCUCUUCCAUGGGCCAUGAGACUGAGGAUAGCCCAAGAUGCUGCUCGUGGCUUAAAGUAUCUACAUGAAGAAAUGGAUUUUCAGAUCAUCUUCAGGGAUUUCAAAUCAUCAAACAUUCUUUUAGAUGAGCAGUGGAAUGCCAAGCUAUCAGAUUUUGGGUUGGCAAGGCUAGGACCUUCUGAAGGAUUGACUCAUGUUUCAACUGCGGUUGUAGGAACCAUGGGAUAUGCAGCUCCUGAAUACGUCCAAACAGGACGUCUCACAUCCAAAAGUGAUGUCUGGAGCUAUGGGGUCUUCCUUUAUGAACUCAUUACAGGAAGGCGCCCUUUGGAUCGAAACCGACCCAAGAGUGAGCAGAAGCUCUUGGAAUGGAUAAGACCAUACCUAUCAGACGCCAAGAAAUUCAAGCAAAUAGUUGAUCCCAGGCUUGAGCAGAAAGACACCCUCAAGUCAGCCCACAAGCUUGCAAAUAUAGCCAACCGAUGCUUAGUUAGAAACCCAAAAUUACGUCCCAAGAUGAGUGAGGUGUUGGAAAAGAUAAAUCAGAUUGUAGAUGCAUCUACAGGGACCGAAAGUGCCCAGCAGUCCUACAAGAAUUCAGCACCAAUAAAAACUUCACACGGCACCACAGCAAAAAAUAAAAGGAGAAAUGUAGAUAUCAAAACUGGAGAAAGCGGCUGGUUUGGUUGGAUGUGGAAUCCAAAGCAUGUUAGAACAUGCUAAUUGCAGUAAACUCGAGCAGAUUUAUUGUCUGGUAGGUUUUGUGGCUGGUGGAGUAUAAAUAGGAAAAACUUGCUGAAGCUGGAAGGAUUCCAACAUUUAUUGGCUGAUCAACAAAGCUGGUUGAAAAAAUUUUAUACACACAAUAACUUGUAGAAAUCACUGAAGGGAAGGGAAGGUAUAAGAGCAGCUCUAGAUUCCUGAUUCUGAAUAAGUGCAUCGCUGGUCCAGAAUUUAGCACCGCGACUUGUAAACACUCUUUGGCGGGUUUUGCAUGCUUCAAUGUAUGUCUUGAGUAGAAUAUGUUGGCCUAAUUUUAACACUUUACAGGAGAGUUACUAAUGAGGAUCAGAUCAUUCCUUAUAACAUUUUUUAGAUUGGAAAGUUUGAAGAUCGAUUCCUCCAACUGCAUUGCUUAUGUAAAAUUGUCGUUACCUCGUUUGUUAUUGUCUUUGUUAUUUACUAAUUGAAAUUAGGCCCUAUUCUAGGCUUCAA